AAGACGUUGAUCCGGAAGAUUUAAUUCUUUGUGGCAGUAAUGAUAAUGCCAAAAAUAAUGAGGAGCAAAGCCUAAAUGACAAAUCAUAUGAACAAUAUCUCAAAUCCUGUGUUGCAACGAACUCUCUAAGUCUUAAAAUCAACGUUUAUACUGUACAGAAACCAUAUUCGGAAUGGACUUUCAACGCUGUUAGCGAUAUAUUCGAACUGCCAACUCAUUACACGGAUAUUCCUAAAUUCACCUGCGGUACCGAUAAGCUUGAAGAUGAAAAGUCCCAAAAGUUGUUGUUGCAUCUUAUCGAAGAUCUAAAGAUCCGUCGAUCAACAAUCCACGGUGUUUCAGAAGCAUAUAAUAGCAAAUUUGUGUUACCAUUUCUUGCGAUGGCAAGUUCCGUGUGUGGUGCGAAGGUUAAAAUAUAUCCAGAAGAAUAUAUCCAAGGGAAAUACGGUCGUGGACCAGUGGAUUUUUGUAUGAUAUUGGAACAAAUAAUCAUUA